CAACAAUUGAACGCAUCACACAGCCAAAAUUCCCUGCAAAAUAAUUUUUCUCCCCAACAGCAAUAAGCAUGGAGAAGCUCGAUCUGUCAAAGCUGAAGCUCGCCUCGUCUUCACUGGGCGAGCGGAUCAAGACCAGCGGCGCGCAGGUGGGCCGCACGAUCAGCUCCAAGAUGAAGGAGAUCCUCCAGGCGCCAACUCCUGAGUCCAGGAUCGUCGAAGAGGCCACCGACGACGCCAUGGAGGGGCCCAAUUGGGGCCUCAACCUCCGGAUCUGCACAAUGAUCGGCCGCGAGGAGUACGACGGCGCGGAGAUUGUCCGGGCGAUCAAGAGGAAGCUUGCGCCGGGGAAGAGCCCCAUGGGCCAGCGGCUCGGACUCGACUUGCUUGAGGCGUGCACCUCCAACUGCGAGAAGGUCUACUCGGAGGUGGCAUCGGAGAAGGUGGUGGAGGAUAUCGUGAAGCUGAUUGACGAUUCACGGACGCUGCACGGGGUUAGGGUUAGGGCGAUGCAGCUGAUUAGGGCCUGGGGCGAGUCGGAGGAUCUCGCCUACUUGCCUGUGUUUCGUCAGACGUACAUGCAAUUAAAGUCGAGAAGAACUCCUGCAGCUCAAGAAGAAACUACGCCUUCAGUGCAAUACAAUUUGGAAUCUUAUCUUGACCAACAGCCACUGUCACCUCCUGAAAGAUACCCUAUUCCUAACUCUGGUUUUUCGCAAAGCGCAGAGGAUCUCACUUUCAUUGGUUAUGGCUUCCAGUCGGUUGAAGAGAAAAAGGAAUUCCUUGCUGUGACUCGAAACACUGUAGAUAUUCUGUCCAGCAUUUUGAACUCCGAUACUGAACCCAAACCCAUCAAGGAUGAUCUAACAAUGAGCAUGCUAGAGAAAUGCAAAGAGUCUUUGCCCGUUGUUCAGAGGAUUGUGGAAAGCACAUCAGAGGACGAGGUUUUACUCUUUGAUGCUCUGAAUAUCCACGACGAGCUUCAACGAGUCAUUUCUAAACACGGGGAACUUGAGGCUGCGUUAGAAUCAGGACAACCUAAGAGUGAAACUGAAAACAAAAAUGUUGUCUUGCCACAGCAAAGCAGCUGCGUUACUCCGGAAAAAUCUGGCUGCCCUAAAGAAGGAUUGACUGGGUCCAGUAACCCUGGUCAAGAAGAUAGAGCUGAUACUAACCAUAGUUAGUGGUGCUUUGUGGUUAGAUCAAUGUAGUUGGUCGGGUUUGAGGGAUUUGAAUGUUGGAAACAGAAUUUUAAUGUAUAAUAUCUCUGUUGUAUUUUCUUCUCCACUUUUGGCUUCUUGUAUCUUUAUGCUUAUGUUGGUGUGUGGUUGCCGCUGGCAAAGUGUCAUUGGUUACAAUAUUCCAUAAGAAUCUUAAGUUUUUCAUGGAUUUUCUGGUAUAGAUUAUACUGAAAUCAAGUAGUUCAUGUGGAGUACAUUUUGGGUUUGCAAUUUCAGGGGAAGAUAGAUGUAGUUUUCACUUUUUAGAGAAUGCCUUUUGCUGUAACUGUUUUGCCACUGUUCUACAAUCACAGUAUGUGCAAGUAAUGCUGUAGUUCUAUGCCACUCCUC